CUGAAGAAAGAAGGUUUAACAUAGUCUCGAUCUAGACUGAAGGAAGUUUAAGAAGGAAGACCGAACGGAAAGGUCCUUUAGACUGAAAGGAGCUGAAGGAAGAUGAAGGCUGAACAAGGAGAGCUUCUAGACUGAAUGGAGGUGGAGGAGGAGGAAAGUCUAACAUAACGAGCCUCUAGACUGAAGCACGUUUCGUCCGAGUCCCCGGACCGCCCUGGCCGCUGCGGGGUGGCUGCUGACUGACUCUGAUUUUCAUUCACAGCCACGCUACGAGCUUCCACUCAAAAAUCAAUACACCACACACCAAUGACGUCAUCCGCAGGCGCGGCUCCCAUUGGCUGAUCGGGCGAGUGAUAGCAUCCCAUUAUUUAUGAGAAGGAGAGCGCACUACUUGACGCCGGCGCAGCCCUCCGUGCGGGGCGUGAGUGUCGCGUCCGUGUAUCCCUCCGCGGCCCGGCAGCCCCCAGCAGUGACCAGCCAGUAAUGCGGCGGCCCUACGGAACACCUGCCCCUGCCCGUCAUGCCUGCUGCUGGAGCCUCAGGCCGCCCUGCACCUCGCGACAAGCUCCUGCCGCAGGACCACUAGUGUAGCAUCGUCCUCACGCACGCAGCCUUCGUCCAGGACUCGAGCUGGAGGUGUAGUUAGUGAAGGUGGCCGAGUGUGUGUGUGUCUAUUGAUCUGGAGCGGCGGUGGUUGUAGUGUGUGUCUGUCUUCGGCCGCUCCCUCCAGCCCUUCGAGUCUGGCCCGGUGCAGGUGGUGGUGGUGAUCUGGUGGUGGUGGUGAGUGAAGCGGACGGCCGCGGGCGGUGGUGUUGGGCGGCCCCGGGCGGUGGUGGGCGGCCCCGGGCGACGGCGGUGGGCGGGCCAGGCAGGGGGCGCGGCAUGGGGCGUGCCCAGGUGGCGGCCAGCGGGCCAGCGGCCUGCCCCGCGGGACGGCACCCUCCCGCCGAAGGCAGGUAGGCACUGCCUCCUGCUGCCCCCGUGCCGGCGACCUGCCCUGCUCCCGCACCUGCUCGUCCUCGCCCUCGCCACUGCUGCCUCCCCUUUGAGCGUGCCCGCCGCCACCACGUGCCCUACCUGAGGUGUCGGGGCAGCAGGCGGCGCCGCUCCCCCCGCCCGGGCAUGGCCGCCCCCCGCGGGGCGUGGCUCCCCUGCGCACAACCCCAGGGACACUAGAGCAAGCCCACCAUGGCGGCCGACGGAGGGCCAGACAUAAUGCCGGAUCUCUCGCACCUCACCGAGGAGGAGCGGAGCAUCAUCGAGGGGGUGAUGCGACGCCAGAAGAUUGAGGAGGAGCAGGAGAGCGAGCUGGUCAGGAGGAAGCAAGAUGAGGUGAGGGUCUUGGAGAACACGAUACGCCUUCGAUCCGAGGUGCAGAGGAAGAAAGGCCUUGAGCUGGACGCCACCUGCCAGAUCUGCCUCAAGACCAAGUUCGCGGACGGCGUGGGCCACAUUUGCAACUACUGUAACGUCCGCUGCUGCGCUCGCUGUGGGGGUAAAGUCUCCCUCAGGUCCAAUAAGGUGAUCUGGGUGUGCAUCCUGUGCCGCAAGAAGCAGGAGCUGCUCAUCAAGACGGGCACCUGGAUGAACACGGGCCUGCCGAACCAGGGCGAGGCGAUGCACCUUGACCACGAAUACUCAGGUACGGCUGGCUCUGUCACGCCCACGGGGGACAAGCGACCCAAGCUGGAGCGUGGCGCAAGCAGUGAAAAAGAAAAUAACCGGCCCCCGGGUGUCGGGGGGCCGGCCCCGGGGGGAGGGGGGCCUCACCAACAGGGGGAGUCAGCGUCACGGCAUCAUCAGGGGGAACAGGGGCACCAUCACGCCGCCCUGGAAGCCAGGCCGGUCCUGCAGCGCACCGGCAGCACCCAAGGGCGGGAGUUGCGCCGGCAGUACUCGCAGGAGCGCGGUGCGGGAGAGAGUGGGCGGCCGGCGAGAGGACGGGCGACGAGCGAAGGGGGCGAGGGGCCGCCGCCCUCGCCCCACGCCCGCGAACGACCCGUGCCGCCCCCAGAAGGCUUCCGCUCGUUCGAGCAGCAGCGCCCGCCGGGUCCGGACAUCCGGGUGGAGAGGGGCUACGGGGGCGGCGGGGGGUAUGGGGGCCCGGGGUACGGCCCCAACCGGUACAGCCCCAACCUCGGCGGUGCCGGGGGCAGCAGCCCCAUGGAGGGCAGCAGCCCCGGGCCUGCGUCCCUGGAGGGCAGCAGCCCCCACCCAGAGGACACCCGGCGCAGCCACCUGGACCCUUCCGCGGGGGCCCUCGGGCGGCCCCACGGGCGCCGCCGCACCGACCCCGUCAUGAGGAACGACUCGGUGUCCUCGGACCAGAGUGAGUGUGUGCGUCCGCCGCCGCCCAAGCCGCACAAGUCCCGCAGCCGCGGCCGCAAGCCACGCCAACGCUCCCUCUCGUCCUCCGACGAGGAGGUGCGCUCCACGCCGGAGUACACCUCCUGCGAGGAGCCCGAGGCAGAGUCUGAGGGUGUGUCGGAGAAGGGCGAGGGCGAGGCGGUUGUGGCAGACCGGUAUAAGCGACAGGAAAUUGUCCACGCCACCAUCAAGACCCUUCUGGCGCACCCGGUCUCGUGGAAGCCUAGUCAAGACGGCACGAGGCUCAUCGGUCACCUACUGCUCAAUAAGUACGUAAAAGGCGAAGUCCCGGUGCUGAGUGCGAAUAUCUUGGGGCUGAAGGUCGUCGGCGGCAAGAUCUUGGACAACGGUAGGAUCGGUGCGCUGAUCGAGAAGGUGAAGAAGGGAAGCGUGGCCGACACCGUAGGGCACCUAAGGCCGGGAGACGAAGUACUGGAGUGGAACGGCCGAUCGCUGCAGGGCAAGACUUUCGAGGAGGUGUUCGAGAUCACUUCGGAGUCCCGCCAGGAGCCGCAGGUGGAGCUGAUGGUGUCGCGGCAGCUGUCUGACGUGGGGCGGCAACCAGGGAGGAGACACACCCACCUCGGUAUCGGCGCCAAAGGCGAAGGUUACGAGUCUCGCAGAUUACCGGAGCCGCGUCAGGACCGGCGGCCGAGCGUCACCAUCACCUCGCCAGGCUCGCCGGAGACCUUUAGGAUACGAACCCACUCGCCUUCCAUCGUGGGCAAGCUGCAGUUGAAGUUAUGGUUUGACACGAUGAACCAGCAACUCGUCGUGACCAUCGUGAGUGCCGUCGAUCUCCCGCCCCGACCCAACGGCGCCCCAAGGAACCCCUACGCCAAAAUGUUCCUCCUGCCUGAUCGAAGCGAGAAGUCCAAGCGGAGAACCAAAGCCAUGGCCAACACCCUCGACCCUCGCUGGAACCAGUCCUUUUACUACUGUCCGCUGCGCCGCCCGGAGCUCAAGACCCGCUCGCUCGAGAUCACCGUCUGGGACUACGACAGAUACGGCGCCAACGACUUCCUGGGAGAGGUUGUGGUAGACCUGAGCGCCGCGCCCCUCGACGAUGAACCAGACUGGCACUACCUCUCCUCCCACGACGACGCCCUCCCGUCCCACAUGCGUCGCGGGAUGUACGUGGACACCGAGUCCGCCUCGACCAUCGCCUCCACCGACCACUUGUCUCCGCCCUCCACCACCUCCCGUCUGAGCGAGUCUGACAUUAGUGAUCUGGAGGACAACCUGCAGCGGGACAGACGGACGGACGGCACCUCCAUCAGCAGCGUGGGGUCCUCCUCCAGUCCGCCUCCCGAGGACCGCCAGCUGGGGUCGGGGGUGGAACACCUGCCGAGGCGGGAUACAUCGUCUCCCACGGGCCGCCGCCUCACAACCACAGUGCUGAGCCGCGGGGACUUGAGGUACCGCGCAAAGGACCUCACCCUGCCGGCGUACAGCAACACCCGCGUCCGCAGCCAUUCCGCCGCCCCAACGGACUCUCCUUCGCUGCACAUGUCGCGCUCUCGCAGCAAGUCUCCCCGGCGUGUCACUGAGCCCGGUAGCCGCUCCCUCUCCCCUCCCGAGGCCAGGCCGGGCUACAGCGGGGGCUCCAGGAUGGCCUCCCGCAGCGCCACCGCCACGCCGACGGGCUCUCCGAAGAAGAGGCAGCUGCCCCCCAUUCCCACCCACCAGCUCUCCUCCAGGGACAAGGUGACGCAGCACCAGUACAUGGACAGAUCGUCUCAGGAGCUGGAGGACAGAGCUCGCCAGAUGAAGGCGAGGAUGAUGCAGAUCCAGGCCCACAGAUCGACCGGCUCGGGGCCGUCACACAUGUACUCCGGCCACUCCGACACCGAGCUGCGCACGUAUGACAGGUACUCCCAGGGCCGCGGGGUGCUGGUGUCCCCCGAACGUGAUCAGGACAGAGACUUUGGCGACUCUGCCAGUGACAUUGAGAGUGUCGUAAGUGCCUUCUCCACUCAGAGCGAGAGGCCCCGAGGCUCCUGGAGGAGCAGUAGGCGGCACCUGAGUAGCUUGAAGAGCCACACUCAUGGCUAUGACGCCACCCUAGACCCGCCCUCCCUGCUGACCGACGUGACGCGAGACAUUUCUCCCUCCGCGCGGGAGCCGUCGUGCAGCCUUCUGGACGUGAGCCUCCGACCCCCCAGCCCCAUCCAGCCCCGACCCCCCCACCUCCGGCGCUCUCUCUCGAUGGGCGUGGGUGCCGGCGUGUCCCGCAGCGCCCCGCAUCUCGCCUCCCGCCCCCGCCAGCACCCGCAGCCCCGCGUCCUCGUGCGUUGCAACACGGAGGCCAACGUGGCCGAGCCGCCCAGCACCCGCCACCGCCUGCAGAAGAGCCUCAGCCUUGGCGAGAACGACCGCCGCUGGGAGGUCCGCCAGGACGCCGAUUACUUUCCCGAGGCGUGGGAGUUUUCCAAUCGUGCGCGCUCGAAAUCCCUCACUCGCGAUGACUUCUCGGGGCGACCGCCCGCUCGGAAAACUGUGACUUACGAAGACGAAGUGUUGAGAGAACGGCUGCAGGAACCUCCAACCUUCUCCAGAAGCUCACUUUCUCUUGAUAAAUCAGUGCCUUAUGAGUCUGACUUAGUGGUAAGGGAACACCCGCAGGACCCUUAUGUGCGGAAGUCUCGGGCAGCCCCUGAGGGGUACACGCAAGCGCCCCAACAGCAGCAGCAACAACAGCAGCAGCAGCAGCCUCAUGAUGCUGCCAGGGGCCUGUACCGGCGGCGCAGCUCCGUCCGCCUGACUGACGGCCACAGUGCAGGAACUUACUACGGGUAUGAUUCAGAUUACAGCGGAGCAGAGACGGAAGUGUUCCUCCCAGACCGUUCUCUUGAUCGUUCCUUCAGUCUGGAGCAAGUGGACCAGCGGAGCUCCGAGCAGGAGUUUACUUCAGGGGAUGAACGGCGCCCGGCGGGGGAAGCCGCCCUCCCCGCACACUCCCUGCUGGCAAUGCAGGAAGGCAGCAGCCAAACGCUUCCAAGGGCGCGGCGGCCCUCCACAGCGCCUGCGCGCAAAGUUAUGAUACGAGCCAACACCGAGAGCGCCCUGUUUAAAGGCCCCAGCAGAAGCCUUAGGAGGGAAGUGAUCUGGAAACCGUCCAGAGGAGAACAGGACCGAAUAUACGGCAUUUAUCGUGAAUCCAGCGUCGUAGACGCUCCGCCGGGCGACAGAAGGCUGGAGGCAGCGCGGGGGGUGCACUCCAACCCCGCCCUCUCACGUGUCCUCGACGGGGCAACGUGCAGCUCAGAUGAUGUGUUUGUUCCUAUGGAGCAGCGUAGACAAGGCAUGGCGCACGAGAGUGACCGAGACAGACGCCCCGUCGACCCCUACGAUGCCCCACCACCCGACGACCGCCGCUACCACUACACGUCCCUCCCCUCGGAGCAGGCCAGAGCCAGGGACCACGAAGACACGCGGCUGCACCAUGCUGCCGUUGGGGAGGACAGGCGGCCGCUCGACCCUGAGGUACUCCCGGAGGGCGCCCGGUACCUGGAGCACGAGCGGCGGGAUGACCAUCGGUAUGUUGAACAGGGCCCCAGGGAGGAAGCCAGGUACCUCGAGCAGCCGCGGGACGACCCCGUGUACCGCAAGCACGGCUCCAGGGAGGAGGUCAGGUUCCGGGAGCCGGGCCCUCGGGACGACGAAGCCCGCUACCCAGAGCACGAUUCGCGGGAAGAGGUCCGGUACAGGGAGCACGGUGCCGCGGAGGACGCGAGGCACCCCAAGCACGGCCCAAGAGGCGACGUCAGGUUCCAGGAGUACGACCCCCGCGACGAGGUCAGGUUCCGCGAACACGACCCCCGCGAGGAGACACGGCACCGCAGACACAGCCAACGGGGCGACGCCAGGUACCUGGAGGACCCCAGGGAGGAGGCCAGGUACCGGGACCACGGCUCCCGGGAGGAGAUGCGCUACCGUGAGCCAGGCCCGCGGGAAGAGGCCAGGUACCAGGAAUACCUGCCCAGGGAGGAAGUCAGGUUCCAGGAGCCCCCACCGAGGGAGGAAGUCAGGUUCCAGGAGCCCCUACCGAGGGAGGAAGUCAGGUUCCAGGAGCCCCCACCGAGGGAGGAAGUCAGGUUCCAGGAGCCCCCACCGAGGGAGGAAGUCAGGUUCCAGGAACCCCUACCGAGGGAGGAAGUCAGGUUCCAGGAGCCCCCACCGAGGGAGGAGGUCAGGUUCCAGGAGCCUCCACCGAGGGAGGAAGUUAGGUUCAAGGAACCUCCACUGAGGGAAGAAGUGAGGUUCCAGGAGCCCCCGCCCAGGGAGGAAGUCAGGUUCCAGGAGCCCCCGCCAAGGGAGGAUGGGCGGUACCGGGAGGUUGAGGUGGUCGUCGAGCCAGGCUACCGGGAACAUGACCCAAGGGUUGAAGGGAGAUACCUGGACCCUCGGGAGGAGGGAAGGUACCGGGAAGACAGGCCGGCGGAGGGACGGUACCGCGAGCUUGACCCGCGGGUGGACAGCAGGUACCCUGACGAUGGCAGGUACCCUGAAGACCCGCGGGACAGGGCCGACGUGAGAUACAGGGACCAAGACCCGAGGGGUGAGGAGCGGUACCCGGACCACCGAGAGGCCAAGUACCGCGAGCCGCCCUACCCAGAGGCCGCCACGGGGGCCAGGCCGCGGCGCCCCGAAAGGGAGAUAAGUAGAGACGAUGCUCACAGGGAUGAACGGUACCGGCAGGCGAGCCUCGACCAGGACAGGUACAGAGACGAGCGGUACAGGGACGCCAGUGCUAUGGAGCGAGACAGGUACAAGGACCACGGGGCCAUAGAAAAGGACCGCUACAAAAGGUGGAGUUCUGCGGCGGAGGACAAGUACAGGGAGAGCCUGGACGAGAGAGAGUACCGGGUGGGGCCGCACGACAAAGAGAGAUUUCGGAGCUCUGUUUCAUUGGACCAGGACAGGUAUAGGGACCAGGUGCACGAUUUGUACCGGGAGGGGAGCGAGGGGCCUGAGCGGGGCUACAGGGGGCCGGCGGAGGACAGGAAACACUAUGGUAGUCGGAGGGACCUCAGAGACAGGAGGCUGUACGACGACCAUGGCGGGGAGUCGUACGAGGGGGAGGAUCGCAGGUUAAGGGACCUGCACUACCCUGGUUACGACCCCGGCUUUCCCUACCACGACCCGCGGCGACCACCUGACCACCGACGCGACGGCGCUUCUCACCCGCACCAUUCCUCGCACCCUCACGACCUCGCUCAUGCACACCUCACUAACACCCCCCACGCCCACCCCUCCGCCGCCCAUGAGACCCGUGCUGCAGACCCGUCCUAUAACGUAGCCGAACCCCCACCCCACCACCACCACCACCACCUCCAUUCCCUCGACACAGACCCUUUGGAAGGCGAGAUCCCGGACACAGACAGACCCCUGACCCCCCGAGUUCGUCACAGUUCCUCAGUUAGUAUUAAUGAGCACCCUGAGUACUUUGAAUUUGACGCCAAUAGUCCCCCUAGUACGGAGCCUCGCGCAGAUGCUGAUGUAGACCCUUCUUCUAAUCCUGCUAGUGAGUUUAGCCACCGGAUCACCGCCUUCGGGCCAACGGGGGUGAGCAUCGGCGGGGCCAGCAAGCGCGGCCAGCUGGGCAGGAGCCUGUCCACCAGCGAGGUCCCAGAGACGGAAAAAGCUGAGGAGGAAGCACAGGGAGAAAAUAAGGAAGCCGGAGAGAGUCACGACGACCCAGGCGCAGCGGAGGCGGUGGAAGGGAAACCCGAAGGUGGUGCCGACGCGAAGCAGGGCUGUGAGGAGGGCGAGGUGGUGGAGGAGGAGGAGGAGGAGGCAGUGAAGGAGGAGGAGGAGGGAGAGGAGGCGGUAGAGGUGGAGCAGGAGGAGGAGGAGGUGGAUUGCCCUGAGGGAGAGUACAGCGCUGAGGGGUCCACCAGCCCUCAGGAGGCAGUCGCUGGGGGCUCCGCGGCUGGGCCUUCUUCAGAGAGGAUGGAAGGAAGCCUGAGCGACUCCGCCACGGGGAUGCUGACGGUGGACGGUAAGGAGCGCCGGAGGGUCACCAAUGGCAAACAGGGGCCUGCCGGGGGGCUGUCCAAGAAGUCCUCCUCCACUUCCAAGCUCUCUGACACUGGUCGGAAACGGAAAAUAGGCUUUCGGAAAAACACUCGCAGCCAGAUUACUGUCCAUCGGAGCGAGGAGAUCCUUCCCACGGGCUCGAGGCACCUGAUGCGGCAGAGCUCCAGUCAGAGUAGCGAGGAAGCCGAAGGGGAGGACAGCCGCGUCCCCUCCGUGCGUCUGGGCACCGACGGGCAGCUGAGUGAAUUCAUCGAGGGUCUGGGGCAGGGCCAGCUGGUGGGGCGGCAGGUGCUGGCAACCCCGGCCCUUGGUGACAUCCAGCUCUCCAUGUGUGACCGGAAGAACAAGUUGGAGGUGGAGGUCAUCCGCGCACGAGGCCUCCAGUGUAAGACCGGUGCUCGGGUGCUGCCUGCUCCCUAUGUGAAGGUGUACCUCGUAGCGGGGAAGAAGUGUGUCGCCAAGGCCAAGACCGCCACCGCCCGACGCACGCUGGACCCCUUGUACCAGCAGCAACUCAUCUUCCACGAACGCUACCAAGGCUGCGUCCUCCAGGUGACGGUCUGGGGAGACUACGGGAGGAUGGAGGGCAGGAAAGUGUUCAUGGGCCUGGCGCAGAUCAUGCUGGAUGACCUGGACCUGUCCAACAUCGUGAUCGGCUGGUACAAGCUGUUCGGCACGUCCUCCCUCGUGUCCCUGCCCACGCUAACCCGCCGCGGCUCCAUGGCCAGCCUGGACAGCUUCGGGUAGUGGGCAGCCUGGGGCCAACACCCCUCCCCCGUCACCUCAACGCCACCCCAAGGGACCCCAUGGAGUCCUCCCACCCUCACCAAGGGAUCAAGCACUCCCCGUGCCUGCAGCAGCCACAGCCCAACACUACACGCCCCCUGUAAACUGCAGAACGUUCAACGACAUUUGCAACCUGCAGUGUUGCUAUCAAGCAGAGUGUGAGGCUUUUUCAUUGGGUGCUCUCUUUUUUGUCUGUCUGCGGCCUGGAUAGGACACUAACUGCUCGUGCUGCAAGUUUGCUGUGUUGCGUCAAGCUCAGAGGCUCAAAGACAUCGACUCGUCGCAGUGCAGACGAUGGUAGUCGUCCUGACACGUUCUCGGGGCGCUGAGUGCCCCGCGGACCCCCGCAUGUCCCUGCUGGAGGGGCAGGAGUGGGCGUCGACAGCGAUCUCGGUGGGCGCCAAGGGGCAAGGGGUCUCGGCUAGGCCAGGUCCCGCCGGCCCACCACCUCAGUGCACCUCAACACUUCUGGACUUCCCAUCAAUAAGGACUCUCGUCACUUGAUUGCCUUGAGAGCAGUUUUGUACCAGCCACAGUACCAGUACAUGUAACACUUCUCCGGUCGCCGCCUGGCUCAGGGCGGCUGCCACCAUCACAAUGCUUGUGAUUUUGACUAAGUGCUUUAAAUAAUAUUACAGAAUAGUUUUAAUCAUG